CUUCAGCAGUUGUGUUAUGGAGUCUGCUUGCUCCAUUCUUGUAGCUUAGAUUCAAAGAGUGCAACCGUGCAACCAAUAAUUAAAAUAACGUAGUAAUGAUACUCGAUAACAAUGAUAUGAACACUUACUAUAGUAGUUGGUAUAAGUAAUAGAUGUUUCUCGCCAUCUGCUAAUGCCGAGAUGACAUUUAUUUCUAUCCUCAUGAUAACAUGAUACGUGUCGAAUAUAUAUAAAGCUCCAAACUAAUGAACCCACAAUCAGCACACACACUGCUAACAUCUUGGAUUUUGCAGAAUGGGCACCAGAGCAAGGGUUUGCUAUGCUAUCAUGCAUUGCUUUGGUCAAGCUAACAUCUUACUGGUUGUGCUGGUAUCUCUCUCAAUUGACUCGCACCAUGCACUCUUCAGUCGAACCAACACUCGUCAGGUUGCACAGUGGUCAUACCUCUACAAGGUUAGACUGCACAUUUUUCCUGCCACAGAGUAAGCUUCUUCCAAUAAUCUCUACCUUGGCUACUCCAUCCAACAAAAUCACCUGAGUGCUCUUUGGAUCAUGCAUUGUCUAGGCUAGGAGCAGGACUUAGGAAACUCAUUGUGCUCCCGAAUUUGUUAUGAGUGACUCCUGCACAAUUAUUCCAUGAUCCACUUGGGAUUCGAAGAUUACUUGGCGCCAGGGGAAGGGUUAUCUUAAGUGCAAUGAUUGUCAAGGUGUCUCGUCUAUACCUCACUUAUCUUAAAAACUAAAAAGAGAGGGAAACAUCUUAUUGAACUGCAUUUACAAUAUAUGCUUGCCCCAUUAAGACCUCCGGUUGGAAACUUCCCGACAGAUUUAGUACGAUCCAAACUUGUUUACAAGAGGGCAUCUUAGACAUUUUACUACUGCCAUAUUCUCUUUUUAGACCACCUUGGAUGUGUAGCCCAUUGGGAUUUGCUUUAUCUUGAAUGUAACACCUCAAUUAUUGAUUCACCCCAAAAACCUCAAUUUUGCAACUCUUUAGGCCGCUAGAUGAUCCUAUUCCACAAGAUUAGGCUGUGCACUUCUCUAGCCAAGAACUUCUCUGUUGCCUAGGCAGGGAGCAUGAUUUGGAGUUGGGGAGCUCCUCGAGCUCAGUCUCUGGUUAUGGAAUGACAUCUUCCAUCCUCCAAACCCAAACCAAAAAAAAAAUAUGUUUAUGCUAUGACCAAUUAAGGAACUUAAGAACUUGACUUGGUGGCUAUAGCCUAGAGUUCAUCAAGUCCCAUUGCGAGUUACACCUCAACAAGUGUUAAAGAGAGAGAGAGAGUGCGUGACUUCAGAAAAAAUAUGCCCCAAUGACAUGGUUGUAUCUUACUGGACAGCAUGAGCUCCUCUUCCCUUCACUAGUGGACUCCAAAUGAAGUUCUUAUCCGAUCUCGUAUACUAGGGAACACUUUCUGCCAUAUUUAAUAUGGUCCUAGUCCAUUUUCAAGGGGCUUUAGAAGCAUCACCAUCAAAAGACAGAUUCUCAUCUUUCAAAACUGAGACCAAAUGUAGGGGUAAAUGUGACUUCGGGAUUCCUUGAUCAUUUCACGCUUUAACUCUUAUAAACCAUAUGGGUUCUUAUAGCACAGUUCACUUGUGGUAUGUGGUCUCCACCAUUACUCUCUUUAUGUAUCCAUGUUACGAUCCUGUGAGAUUUAUGGUGGUGCUAGGAUCUCCUUCCUUUUUAUAGUGCUUAUUAUUCUAAUGUUUAAUGACAAUCAAUAAUUAAAGAGUUGAAAGCACCUAUUCUAAUUGCUGACCAGUGUAGAACCAAGGAACCUAAGUUAAAAAUAUCAGAUUAUAACUCCAAACAGCAUCCUCCUCUUUACCCCUACCUAUAUCCGAACAAUCCCCUAUACCUAGACUCCAACUUAACCGGAACUAUCACAGUCAUCAAUAUAAUAAUGUCCGAACGCCAAAUUUCUGUUCAACUGCCAAUAUUAGAUUUAUCUCAACCAAUUCAACCAUCUUUCCUAUUGUCCCUCUCUCAAGCCUGCCGAGAAUGGGGCUUCUUCCACAUUAUCAAUCAUGGUGUCUCGAAGGAUCUUCUCAGCAAAGUCUGCAUACUCUCAAAGUGUGUUUUUAGAUUUCCUCAAGCUUCUAAACUCAAGCUUGGUCCUUCGUCAUCCUUAAAAACGUACACUCCCCAUUUUAUAGCCUCUCCAUUCUUUGAGAGCUUGCGAGUGACCGGACCAGAUUUUUUUGCCUCUGCUAGAAGUUCUGCUGAGGUACUUUAUGAUCAUCAGAAUUCUGAAUUUAGUGAGAUAUUGCAAGAAUAUGGAAACAAGAUGGUGGAGUUGUCAAAGAGAAUUAUAGAGCUCAUCUUAAUGAGUAUGGGAGAUGGUUAUGAGAAGGUUUAUGCAUCUGAAUUCAGCGACUGUCAUGGGUAUUUGAGGAUAGUUAACUACUCCCCCCCAGAGACUGUUGAACAUGAAGAGGUUGAAGGACUUGGAAAGCACACUGAUAUGAGUUGCAUAACCAUUGUCUAUCAAGACGAGGUUGGUGGACUCCAAAUGAGAUCAAAGGGAGGGCAGUGGAUAGACAUAAACCCGUGUGAGAGUUCUCUAGUAGUUAAUAUCGGAGAUUUGAUGCAGGCUUGGAGCAAUGGGCGAUUAAGAUCUUCCGAACACAGGGUGGUCCUGAAGCGAUUUGUAGACCGGCUCUCGUUGGCUUUCUUUUGGUGCUUCGAGGAUGAGAAGGUGAUUGUAGCUCCGGAUGAAGUUGUGGGAGAAGGAAAUUCAAGGACCUAUAAGCCAUUUGUUUGUUUAGAUUAUUUAAGGUUCAGAGAGAAUAAUGAGGAAGGCAAAUUCGAGAAAGUCGGCUAUACUGUGAAUGAUUUUGCAGGAACAAAACCUCAAAUGGGUGACUAGCAUUGAAAAUUUCACAACCUGUUGGACUUGGGUAUAAUUGUUGGUUGUUAUUUAUUUUCUUUUUCUUUUUGUUGCUGUUUAUUUAUAUAUCAAUGGUAUUAUGUGUUAGAGGACUUAAAUUACUCUUACACUUUCUCUA